AAAUACAGUGUCAUUCGUACUAUCUUUGCUCACUGAACAGCCUCCGGCUAUCACUCGAACGCACGAAGAAAUCCAUCACUAACUUCCUCUCUCCGUUCACUUUUUCGGCAUCUCGGUCUCCCACUCGACUAGUGUUCGAUUCCAGGGAAGACAUCAGAUCCAGAUCCAAAACCCUAACCUAUAGAUCCAGAUCCAAAACCCUAACCUAUAGUUAACUUUCGCCUACCAAUCGAGAUGGAGGAGGCGCUCGAGAUGGCGCGGGCUAAGGAUACUAAGGAGCGGUUGGCAGCCGUUGAGCGGCUUCACCAGUCUCUGGAGUCGUCUCGUCGGAGUCUUUCUGCUGGCGAGGUAUCUUCGCUUGUCGACUGCUGCAUGGAUCUACUGCGGGACAACAAUUUUCGGGUGGCACAGGGGGCGCUGCAGGCGCUCUCCUCCGCCGCCGUUCUCGCUGGCGAACACCUCAAGCUCCACAUUAAUGGUCUUGUACCUGCGAUUGUGGAGCGCCUUGGAGAUGGAAAGCAGCCCGUUCGUGACGCCGCGCGCCAGCUCCUUGUCACUCUCAUGGAGGUAUCCUCACCAACAAUUAUUGUUGAAAGGGCUGGAGCCUAUGCUUGGACCCACAAAAGCUGGCGAGUUCGAGAAGAGUUUGCACGUACGGUUAGCACUGCAGUUAGCCUAUUUGCUUCCACAGAACUUACUUUGCAACGAGUUCUACUUUCUCCGGUUCUGCAAUUGCUUAAUGAUCCAAACCUUAGUGUUCGAGAAGCUGCUAGUUCCUCAAUUGAGGAGAUGUACACCCAGGUUGGACCUCAGUUUCUCGAAGAACUGAACCGUCACCAGCUCCCAUCAUCCAUGAUGAAAGAUAUUAGUGCUAGACUGGCAAGAAUAGAACCAAAAGUUCACCAAUCAGAUGGAGCUGGAGCUCAUUUCAUCUCCACCGAAAUUAAGUCAUCUAAUGUUAGCCACAAAAAAGGCAGUCCUAGGACUAAGAGUACUCCCAGGGAAACCUCACUUUUUGGAGGGGAAGCGGAUGGCACUGAAAAGCCUGUGGAACCUAUUAAGGUGUAUUCUGAGAAGGAACUCAUUAGGGAAUUUGAGAAGAUUGCAUCUACUUUAGUGCCUGAGAAGGAUUGGUCACUCCGAAUCUCAGCCAUGCAGAGAAUUGAAGGCCUAAUUUAUGGAGGUGCGGCUGAUUACCCAUCCUUUCACAUGCUCUUAAAGCAGCUUGUUUCUCCAUUAAGCACUCAGCUGUUGGAUAGACGAUCAAGUAUAGUGAAACAGGCUUGCCAUUUGCUAUGCUUUUUGUCCAAGGAACUUUUGUCUGAAUUUGAGGCUCAUGCUGAGAUGUUUAUUCCGGUACUUUUUAAGCUUGUUGUGAUAACUGUACUUGUGAUAGCAGAAUCUGCAGACAACUGUAUAAAAACGAUGUUUCGAAACUGUAAGGUUGCCCGUGUUCUUCCACGCUUAGUGGAAUCUGCGAAAAAUGAUAGAAAUGCAGUACUCCGUGCCAGGUGUUGUGAAUAUGCACUUUUAAUUCUGGAGUACUGGGCAGAUGCCCCAGAAUUGCAAAGAUCGGCAGAGCUUUAUGAAGAUCUGAUAAAAUGCUGUGUUGCAGAUGCAAUGAGUGAGGUCCGUUCAACCGCACGGACUUGCUACAAAAUGUUCUCAAAAACUUGGCCAGAACGUUCUCGGCGUUUAUUUUUAUCCUUUGAUCCUGCCAUACAAAGGUUAAUAAAUGAUGAAGAUGGUGGCAUACAUAAAAGAUAUGCAUCUCCAUUGCUUCGUGAUAGAGGAUUACAGCCUUCACGUGUGCCAUCUCAUGCUGUUACAGUGAAUGUUCCUGGAUUUUCUACUUCCGCCAUUGUUGCAAUGGAUAGAAGUUCCAGUGUUACUUCAGGAAUGUCACUUUCCACAGGAACCCAUGCUUUAUCACAAAUGAAGCUACGUGAAAAAGGUUCUGAAAGAAGCCUUGAAAGCAUGCUUCAGGCAAGCAAACAAAAAGUCUCGGCCAUUGAAAGCUUACUGAGAGGUGUUAGCUUAUCAGAUAAACAAAGAAAUUCUAGUACACAUUCGACUAGUUUGGAUCUAGGGGUUGAUUCCCCAUCUUCUCGUGAUCCACCAGUCCCAGCAGCUAUUCCUGGUUCAAAUCAUCGUCUCUCUACAAGAUCAGUAUUGGCUGAUCCAACGUUUGUUAGCAUUGCCAGAAGUAGCACUAGGAAUGGUAGCUCAAGUUUGACUGAAGUUAUAAAUUCAAAUAACCAAUAUGUGGGCGGUCAUUCUAAAUAUGAUAAUCUAGCAUCUGAUUCAUUGUCUUCUUUUUCAUUACCUUACAUGGUGAAAAGACACGCUGAAAGGCCACUAGAUGGAAGUACCGUUGAACGAAAUAUUGAUCUCAGUUUUAAGAAACUUUCGAACAUGCACUUAGAUAGACAGUUUAUGGAUGCAGCUAAUAAGGACGCUGGCUUCAGGGAUCUAAACAAUAAUUAUGUUCCAAAUUUUCAGAGGCCACUUCUUAGAAAGCAAGCAACUGGAAGGGUUUCAGCUAGUCGGAGACGCAGUUUUGAUGAUAACCAGUCUCAUUUGGGUGAAUUAUCCAGUUAUGUGGAUGGUCCAACAUCCCUUGGUGAUGCACUUAGCGAGGGUUUGUGCUCUAGUUCAGAUUGGGUUGCCAGGGUGUCUGCUUUCAACUAUUUGAGAAACUUGUUGCAGCAAGGGCCUAGAGGUAUACAAGAAGUUACACAGAACUUUGAGAAGGUCAUGAAACUAUUCUUUCGACACUUGGAUGAUCCACACCAUAAAGUUGCGUAGGCAGCUCUUUCAACACUUGCAGAGAUUAUCCCCCAAUGCAGGAAGCCUUUUGAAAGCUACCUUGAGAGAAUCUUGCCAUAUGUAUUUUCAAGGUUGAUUGACCCCAAGGAGCUGGUUAGGCAACCAUGUAUGACAAACUUGGAAAUUGUUAAUAGGACAUAUGGCAUUGAUUCGUUGUUACCUGCACUUCUUCGUUCACUGGAUGAACAGAGGUCCCCUAUAGCAAAGCUGGCUGUUGUUGAGUUUGCAAAUAAUUCCUUUGACAACCAUUCACCAAACCCUGAUGGUUAUAGUAAUGGUGGCAUUCUUAAAUUGUGGCUUGCUAAACUGGCCCCUUUAGUAACCGAUAAAAAUACUAAACUGAAAGAAGCUUCCAUAUCUGGAAUAAUAUCUGUUUAUACCCAUGAUUCAGCCGCCGUCUUGAAUUUUAUCCUUAGCUUAUCCAUAGAAGAACAGAACUUGUUGAGACGGGCAUUGAAACAGUUCACUCCCCGCAUUGAGGUUGACCUAGUUAAUGUCCUGCAGAGCAAGAAAGAAAGGCAAUGCUCUAAAGCUGUUUAUGACCCGGCAGAUGUGAUUGGAACUUCCUCAGAUUAUGGCUACAAUGGAUUAUCAAAGAAGAGCCAGCUUCUUGGUAAGUAUUCAGGAGGAUUACUUGAUGUUGAUGGUGGGAAGAAAUGGGAUUCUAUGCAAGAAUCAAUUUUAGUUGAUGCCUUGAUUGCAAAGACAACUUCAGAUGACAGUAGACAGAUAUACCAUAACCUUGAAACAGGGUCUGACAAUGAGGUUCUUGGUCCACAUAGCAAAGAUUUGAGGCAUAGCACAGAUGUAUUUUCUGAAAAUACUUUUUCAUGGAUAAAUCACACUGAAAACCUGACUCUCUUGGAUUAUGAGAGCUCUAUGGGAAAUCAACAACUUGAUAUCACCCAAAUGAUUGGUUCUGAUGGUUCUAAGGACAUAGGGUCAACUUUUGGUGGGGAAAGAUUGCAUGAUAUUGAGCUCUUUCAUGAGAAAGCUACUUCAUCAAUCAAUGCAGAAGCGGAAAGUGAACUAAGCAUUCCUCAAAUUCUUCACCAUAUAUGCAGCAUCAGUGGUGAGAAAUCUAGUAUAAGUAAACAUGAAGCUCUGCAGAAACUGGUUGGGGCUUCAAUUGCCAAUGAUAACUCAAUAUGGGCCAAGUACUUCAAUCAAAUUUUAACGGCUGUCUUUGAUGUUUUGGACGAUCACAAUUCUUCUACAAGGGAGCUUGCUCUUUCUUUGAUACUCGAAAUGCUCAACCAUCAGAAAGAGGCCAUGGAAGAUUCAGUUGAAGUUGUCAUUGAAAAAUUACUUAAUGUGGCUAAUGAUUCAGUUGCAAAGGUUUCAAAUGAAGCGCACCAAUGCUUGACAAUUGUGCUAACCAAGUAUGACACGUUUAGAUGCCUUUCUGUUAUUGUACCUUUGCUGGCUAGUGAUGAUGAAAACAUGCUUGUUACUUGCAUCAAUUGUUUGACCAAGCUGGUAAGCCGCCUUUCGCAAGAGGAGCUGCUGUCUCAAUUGCCUUUAUUUCUUCCUUCUAUCUUUGACGCAUUUGGAAGUCAAAGCCUGGAUGUUCGAAAGGGUGUUGUGUUCUGCUUGGUAGAUAUCUACAUCUUGCUUGGCAAAUCAUUCUUACCAUACCUGGAGGGACUAAGCAGCACCCAACUCCGCUUAUUUACCAUAUAUGCCAACCGUAUUUCUCAAGCGAGGUCCAUUGCUACAGGUGAAGCUAAACAUGGCUGAAAGUAUCAACUCUUUCAUCUUCAUCUUCUUCUUCUUCUUCUUCUUCUCUCUUAUUUGUUUGUACCAAUAUAUGAGGCUGUUGAUUCAUUGUUGUUCAUUUUGUAUGGUUCAAAGGUCUUUUUCUGGACGAGGAAGCUGAUUUGUUUUGUUCUUCUGUGUUUAAGGGUGUUUGUAUAUGAUUUGUGUGGCUGCCGUAGAAGUUGCAAGUGUGAGCGAAUGAAAGUUAGAUGAGUAUCUAACAUGAACUUUGGUUUUCCAAAUCCUUGCAUAUUAGUAGCAAUAUGUAAUUCCAGAUAACCUCUUCCAGCUUUGUUUUUGUUUUUAUAGUAUAUUGGUAAUGCAGGGUUCUAUAUUCUCAACA